AUAUUCAAUACAUAUCUUCCACUUCUCAAGCAAACAAUAACCAAGACCCACACCGACGUCAGCGAAGUCGACGGUGGUGAGUCGACUCCCGGCCUUCUAGAAUUUCCCAAGCGCGAUGGAUCUCUGGGAGAGGGCGCGGUCCUUCGCCGGCGAGGCGGCGAAGCGGUCGCAGGAGCUGUCGCUGGAGGCGGCCAAGCGGUCGUCGGUGCUGGUGUCGGAGACGGCGAAGAAGUCCAAGGAGAUCUUCUCGGAGACCGCCAUCAAGUCCCGCGAGAUGGCCGCGGAGGCGACCAAGCAGGCCGACCUCCUCGCCGGCCAGAUCAUGCACCUCGCCUCGGACAUCCCCGUCCCCUCCAUCCCGCCCAUCCCCGCGAUCUCGCCCCUCCCCUCCGCGGCCGAGCCGGAGCUCGACGCCGCCGAGCUCGAGCGCUACGGCAUUACCGAGGACCUCCGCGAGUUCGUCAACGGCAUGACCAUAAGCACCUUUCGCGACUUCCCCUUGCAAGAUGAGCCGGAGAUGUCUGAUGUGCCCACGGUGUCGAAUGUGCGUCAGGAUCUGAACGAAUGGCAGGCUAGGCACGCCACUCUCGUCCUCUCUGCCGUCAAGGAAAUUUCAAAGUUCAGAUACGAGCUGUGCCCAAGAUACAUGAAAGAGCGUAAAUUCUGGCGAGUUUAUUUCUUGCUAGUAAACAAUUACGUAGCCCCUUACGAGACCAAAUAUUUUGAGGAGCUGAAAGUGAAAGUCGAGGAGGAAAAAAUGGUUGCCCAGAAGGAAAUAUCACAGACCUCACAAGCUACAAGUUCAGAACAGAAAGACACGAAGGUGCCAAGCAAGACAUCUACCUCAUCAAAUCGAGAGGAGGAUCUGGAUGUAUUUCUUCUUGGAGAUCUAGGCAGUGAUGAUGAGGGUCCUGAUGGUGGCGAUGAUGAUGGGCUAGACGAUGACUUCGAUAAGAUAGAUGGUACCUCGGGCUUAGAGAGUGACGGCGAUGAGGGUAAGAAAGCAGAAAAUGCGAAGGAGUAGCUCUGAUCAUUUGUGGUGCCUUCCCGAGUCUACACAGAUGGCGUUGAUGAUGACAAAGGCGCUAGCGCGCAGCUUCCGAAUCCCAGCUGCCGCUGUACAUUGGAAUGUUUACAUCUUGCUGUGUCCUGUUGAAGCAAAUGAUAUUCUUGUUGUGAUUGAAGUCUAGAAAACUGGUACCCCUGCUCUGGCAUUCGUUUGUUUUUCUAGGGUGUUAUCUAUUCUUCCUACAAUGUUAUAUUCCUGAGAGUGCGAUGGACUAAAUUAAGCCCGGAUUGACUUCUCAUGUGAAAUAAGAUUUCAUUUUUUUUUCUAUA